GUUGGUAUCUAGCAUACGCUAUGAUAGGACAUGCACCUGGGUCACACUUGGGUCACACACGGGCAGAAUGGUAAAUUCAGCGAGAAAAUUAAUCGAAUGUUUCAAAUGUCGCUGAACGCAAUAUCAUGCACGCAGGCCUCACAUGGCAGGCAAGUAUCGGGCAAGAUCUCCUUGCCUGCGUUCUCGAUGCUUUCGUUAGAAAGAGGGACCCGAGAAUGAACGCCGGCAUAAAGGCAGAAUAGAGUUACAUACGUCUUUGGCAGAUGGCACCCCACGUAGACUCAACGUGUAUAUCAACAGCUCACUCAUAAUACCGUGAAAAUCCUCAUGAUGUGGAAGACCGUAUCACUGGUGGCAAUGUUUAUUGCUUUGAUGGUCCUUGUUGUCCUUUACGUGAAGUCAACUAUCAAAUGUGGAGACAACUGUCUUCGAAGCAAUUUUGGUACCUGCAUCGAAUGUGUAGUUGGAUGGUACGGUGCUGAGUGCACGAAGAAGUGUCAAGGGUGUAAAGAUAUAUGUGAAAAACACACAGGGAGAUGUAAACAGUGUCAGCCUGGAUAUUUCUCAGAUGAAUGUAAUAGACCAUGUGCACUGAACUGUCGUGUAAGUUUUGACGUGGACAGGCACUGUGACCGUGACACGGGGAGGUGCCUAGACGGGUGUGUCCCUGGUAGGUGGGGACAUCAGUGUGAGAGACUCUGCACCAGCACCUGUGGGCAAUCUCUGUGUGAGCAAGAUAGAGGAACAUGUCUUUUUGGUUGCACAGACGGAUGGUAUGGGCGAUUAUGUGAUGAACCAUGUCCUCACAACUGUGGUGUCAGUUAUGUUGGCAAUAGGUCUUGUAACCAGGACACAGGGAAGUGCCUUGAGGGGUGUGUCCCUGGGCGAUGGGGACGUCAGUGUGAGAGACUCUGCAGCAGCACCUGUGAGCAGUCCGCAUGUGACCAGGAUGAAGGAACAUGUCAUCAUGGUUGCACCGAUGGAUGGUUCGGCCUGUCGUGUGAUACACCAUGUCCAGAAAACUGUCUGGUGAAUAGAUGCAAUAUUGUUCAAGGAUAUUGUGGUCACUGCAAGCCAGGGUUCAUUGGGAGAAAGUGUGACAUACAGUGUAGGAAUUGUGCAGACAAUACUUGCACCUACAACGAACUGCUCUCAUCUGUUAGUUGUACCAAAGGGUGCGUGAAGGGAUGGACGGACGAGGACUGUCAGUCCCCUUGCAGCAACAGAUGUCUUGACGAGGACUGCAACAUCAAUGGCACAUGCAAGAGAUGUCCAGAUGGAUAUUAUGGUGACAUGUGUUCUGUGUCAUGUGCACCAACAUGCUUAAGGUGCAUGCAGAUAUCCGGAAUAUGCACUCAAAAGGAGAACUCAAAUAACUCGCCCUCCACGUCCAUGCUCGUGCUGUCAUAUGGUUCCCUGGCCAUCUGUCCUCGGAUCUGGAUGUGCAUGUUAGCAACGAUAUGCUACGGACUCAGUUACGGAUGGGGUUGACAUGAACUUCUAAACAGGAUUCCGAUAAAUGUUGUUGGAUCGUGUUUAUGGAAUUUGGAAGUUUGAAUUUCAAUAAUUGUUAUUAUGGGAUUUCACACACUAAAAAGGUUAUGCUGUAGACAUUGGAGUUGUGAUUCUUCAUGAGCCGCCGUUAUUGAAUUGGUGUUUUGUUACUUAUAUAGUCUAUGUAUACUUUUUCACUCCAUAACUAAAACAGACCCGUGAAGAUCCGGGGUAGAAUAGGUCUUCAGCAACCCAUGCGUGCCCUAAAAGGCGUCUAUGCUUAUCGUAAGGGGCAACUAACGGGAUCGGGUGGUCAGACUCGCUGACUUGGUUGUUGCAUGUCAUCAAUCCCAAUCGCGUGGAUCGAUGCUCAUGAUAUCAAUCACUGGAUUGUCUUAAACAACAAACCAACCAACCAACAAUUGUAACUAAAACAAUGUAAAGGUUUAAACUUUUGCUACUCGUUUAGCCUAGUGGUUAAAGCACUAAACUUCGCUCGUCAAGCCAAAGGCCAGGGAUUGAUUCCUAGACUUGUACGAUGUACGAAGCCCAUGUUUUGGUGUCCACCGCUGUGAUAUUGCUUGAAUAUUGCCAAAAGUAUCAUCUCCUUUUUCACAAAUGAUGGACACUUCAUGCCGGAAGUACAUUCAGUCUGUCUCAAUUACACCAUGGUAUUCAGAGUAAGAUGAUGAAGAUGACUAAGAAUAUACUAGUACAUAAUAAUAAAUGACACACUUGUCUUGUCACAUGUUAAGUUCAUUUCGUUUGUCAGCCCCAAACCCGUGCAUGUCCAGUAUAAGCAAUGCAAGCAUUCAAAGAAUCGAAAUACAUGUCUGGGUUGUGUAUGACUAUUUUACUGGAACAAUUCGGGGCCUAUUCAUCAUCUAAUAAUCUUGGAGCUAUCUUCUCGAAGACAUUGACAUGGCCGAAUCAUAUACCAAAUGUUUCAUUCCAAGCCAAUGAAGUAAUUUAUGAUAUUAAGUCACUGUAUGUUCUAAAACCUAUCCCAUUAGAUAUGUUUUUUUAAUCUUGGAUGCACAAGUCAGCUCAAUUGUCCAUGUUCCUGCCUGUAAACGCUUGUUACAAGCGAAGGAUGCCACUUCAAAUCAUGUUGCAAGAGGAGAAUGCGGCCCAUGUCCUCUUUAUGUUUAUACAUACAAACGUGUUUUAAAGAAUUGCUGUAGUAUCUUACGAAUGCCUGAAAGUAGAUAAAUGUUAUAACAUCAUGAUGUUUCAAGCAGCAGAAAAUGGGAAAAUAUAUUGAGCGUAAUCUCAGAAUUCGUAUUUCGUGUGCAGGCAAUACUGGAGCAAGACUGGUAUGAUGCGCUCCUUCGGGGCACCAAAACCAAUAGUUAUACCCUUUAUAAACUAUCCUUCUGCUCGGAAUUGUACCUCAAAAUUACAACUGUUUCCAAAUCUAGAGUUGCCCUGGCUGACAAUGUAAAUUGAAUUAACAUAGUAUGUAUCAUCCUCUCCAAUAUGAUAUGUCUUCAACACAUAUGUGUAAUGGGCCGAUGGCCUCCUCACUUUCCUUGAAUAAACAACUAUAUUAAUAAGCAACAACA